ACAGAUGGACAGACCUCUAAGACCAUGGAGUUUGUCACAUUCACAUAGGCUGUGAUUUUCAGUCAAGUUCAUCAUCAUGAUCAUCAAGAUGUCCACCACAACAAGAAGCAUAAUACAAACCAAAUAUUUCUAGGUUUAGGAAAUAGAGCCAAGUGGAAUCAAUGAUGCCAACCCAUCCAGAAAACAGCCAUCCCAACCAACCUUAGCUCUUGAUUCCCUUUCUGAAAAGCAAACCUCCCCCCCCCCCCCCCCCCCCCCCCACUGCUUCUCUCUCUUCCCACUACAAACCAGCCUCUCAGCCUCUCCUGAUUUCUUUCCCAUUUCUUCCUCACCAAACCCCAAGGCAGCUUCUUUUUUAACCCCAAGAGAGAAAAUCCACUUUCCCUCCAACCAAACAAGCAAAAGCCUAGUUGAUCAUCAGUUGUUUAUUUUUUUUGUUUGUUUGUUCUGAAAUGAGGAUUCUCGAUGGCAAUGUGCCCCCUCUCAAGCUGCUGGAUUCUUCUCUUAGGCUACUUGUGAUUCCUUUGAGUGUUGCUUCCAUCUGGCUCACUGUGACCAACCAGCAGGACAGCAGCAGCUAUGGCAAGCUUCAGUUCAGCAAUCUUCUGGGUCUCAAAUAUAUGGUUUGGAUCAGUGCCAUUUCUGGUGGGUAUGCUCUGGUGGCUGCUGUUUCUUCAUGGGUGAAGCUGUUGGUGACAAAAGCCGCCUGGAUUUUCUUUGUUUCUGACCAGGUGGUGGCAUAUUUAAUGGUGACAUCAGGGGCAGCAGUGGGAGAGAUCAUAUACUUGGCCUACAAAGGGGACAGGGAGGUGACAUGGAGCGAAAGCUGCAGCUCCUAUGGAGGAUUCUGCAGCAGAAUGAAGAUGGCUUUGGCUUUCCAUGCCGUGUCUCUCUGCUGUUUCCUUGUCUUGUCUCUCAUCUCCGCCUACAGGGCCUUCAGCUUCUUUGACCCCCCCAUUCCCAUUUCCCAAACAACACCUUGAUCGUCAAUCAAUCACAUAUGCAUCUUCUACUCUCUGUCGUAAUGUAAAUUGCUCCGACUCAAUGAAACAAUUAAUGCUUUGUUAAUUUGAUCUUUUGGGGGUUUCUCUUGGCUUGAGAGAGAUUUAAUGAUGCAACUCAAGUAAGUGAUUGAGUAUAAAAUUGUCAUGUAUUUUAAUUGAGAGAAAUAUUGUUAUUCUUAUGGAGAAUGAUAGCAUGUGAAGGGGCGAGGAUGACGACAAAGUCCUCCAUUGAACGGUUCAGGUUCAGAAGAGCUCACGAGAACACAGUCUUCCAUUG